AUGUUGAGUAAUAAGAAUUGCUACAUAAAUUACCAAACCAAUAACAAAAACCUUCUACAGCCUGCGGCUAAAUGGGGUAAGCAUGUAAUUGUCUUGUCGAAGUCGAUUAAUAAGGAAAGUUAUAGCAUGAAAAUUUUGCACAAUACAUUUGGGGAUUUAAUUGGAGUAUGGGCAUCUGCGGACAAAAUCAACUAA